GGCAGGCGUUGCAUUUCCCUCUCGGGGCAGCCAACGAUUAGUAAGCUCAGACUGCAACAUAUCUGCUACAGUUUCCAGAGGUCCAUUUAAACAAAAUUAAUACACACAUACGUUAAAGAGGUUAGACUGUAGUCAGAUUGCAUUUCAUAUUUUGGCCAUGUCUUCUCAGGACUUCGCUGGCAAAUCUGUUGUGGUAACUGGCUCUAACUCCGGUAUAGGAGAGUCCAUAGCUCUGUUGCUUGCACAGCGAGGUGCGAUGGUCACCCUGUGUGGGAGGGAUGAGGAGAGGCUCCAAUCUGUCCUCGGAAAAUGCCAAGAAGCAAGCGGAGGUAACUCAGAUAGGUUUAUAACUGUCCAAGGUGACCUCAACGACAAGGCGGCACGGGACCGAAUUCUGGAGGAGACGAUCGCCAAGUUCGGGAAGCUGGAUGUUCUUAUAGCAAACGCUGGUGUAUCUCCCAAGACCAAAAUAGAAGACGACACGGAAGAAUUGUUUGAUUUCGUUUUCAACACCAACCUCAAAUCUGUUUACUUCCUGAUUCAGGCAGCGCUCCCCCUGUUGGAGAAAACCAAAGGCAACAUCGUGUGUGUGUCAUCUAUCGUGUCCACUAUGCCUGUAUUGUGGAAUCAGCUGUACCAGAUGGCAAAGGCCGGCAUGGACCAGCUAGUCCGUACGCUUGCUCUCUCACAAGGACCCAAAGGAAUCCGAGUGAACGCCAUCAACCCGACCAUUGUCCUGACCAGGUUACACGAACGCCAAGGUCAAGGUGAGGCCAGGAAGCGUGAGCUCGAGGAAAACAUGGGCCGCAGACACCCUCUUCACGCCCGCUCCAGCACGCCAGAGGAGCAGGCAGAGGUGGCGGUGUUCCUGGCUAGUGAUGGGGCAGGAUUUGUCACAGGCCAGUGUGUCAAGGUGGACGGAGGGAUCACCCUUGGCAAACGGGAGUAGGCUGAAAAGGGUUAAUCUUGAAAACGCUUUGAUUAAAGACGUGUUUUUGACACAUUUUCGCUACUUUGGAAUUACAAAGUUCUAUCUGCUUUGUACCUAGGUUUGAGACAUCUGACGUAAAAAAAUUUUUGAGUUUGACAACAUGUCGAGCUUUUUUCUAAUGCAAUUAUUUGAAUAUCUCAAUAACGACUGCAAAUAAUCUAGCGAUUUUGAUAGAGCAGAUAGAACAUUAAUGUGGCUGUUGAUCUUAUUGUCUCAGUGACUCAAAACGUCCAAUAUUGUCUGAUAGAACUUUGUCUUUCUAUGGUAGCGAUACGUCAGAUGAAUAGAAGAUCAAAGGCAACGUUGUUAGGCGCGGCACAUCUCAAACCAUCAUACACAAACUAGCAAUACGAAUCUGCAUAAUAAUAUUUAUUUAUAACAUGCAUAUUGCUGUCCGCCUUUCGAAGUUUUGUUUUUUUAAAUAACAAUUUAUUUGGGAUUUUCUUUUGUACAGACUCGUGGCUUCUGUAACAUUCCUUGAUUUACUUUAAGAAUAAAUGUUUCCAUCUUACAAAGCUGAUUGUCAAAAUCUUUUGUUUGAAGUCUUUAUCUCCUUAGCGAAGGCCGCUGAAAAGUUAUCAUUUGGAGGCCCAGAAAAUCUAUGUUAUUUCUGAGGUAUAACAGUUUAAACAAGAUAAAUAAAUAGAUUCCACUUUAUUUAUAUCCAUGGGGAAAUUUUGGUCACAAAGGUAAAUAUGCCUACAUGCACAAAUAAAUGCCUAGCUAUGUACAUAAUAUUUAAAUACACAAAUAUAAAAACAAAAAUAUGUUAUCAAAGUUAUCAAAUUAUACACAAAAUGACAUCAAUGUAGACAUUUUAUAUUCACGCCAUUGCUGGUCGCAACUGGGCAGCGCCCUGUUUUUGAGGUAGAUUUAUCUCGUUUUGCACAAGGGCACACCCCACUGACCUCUAACCAAAACGCUUUAGUCACCGACUUAUGUUUGACAUUAUAGUAAGCCUGAACUCAUUAACCUUUCGGACAUCCUGUAUUUCGUUUUCCUGUUGGGCCACAUGAUGAACAUUAUCAUUUUUUUGGGGGGGGUACUACAAAUGAUAACGAAACGAAGAGAUAUAAGAAGUCACUAAAAAGGUCUACAUGACAAAUCAGACGUGUAUAAUGGUAUUUAUGUGACCUCAACAUCAUCAAUGUCCUGAGUAACUUAGGCCACGCAAAAGUCUGGCAGAUAAGCCAAGGCACGAUUAAACACUAUUUCGGCACGACAUGACUUCGUGCUGAAUUUGUUUCAAGCUUUCUUCCUCGUAGUCAUAAAGAUAACGGUUUGUCUGUCAGUACCUGGAGAUGAUAAAUGCAUUUACAGAUGAGAACAUUUCUUAAACGAGAUAGAACACAUCAGAAUUAUGACGACUAUGACUAAUAAAACCAAUAAUUCUGGCAGAGAAGAAUUUGCCUCAUUGUGAGCAUUUGAAAGCUUCAUUUCCACAUGUGGAUGUGUGCAGCUUGCGGGCUUCACUUUUGACUUCCCUGCCUACUUUGAUUGCUGCUCUCCAACUGGGCCUGUCUCCCUUGUAUUUAGCAGACGCCUAAUAUAUAUUGUCAGACAUAAUAAACUAGGUCUUCUUGUGAUACCUGGCUUUUUGUCAUUUCCGAGCAUAGCUUGUGCUUCGAUUUGUUUGUUUGUUUGCGUGUUUGUUUGUUCGUUUGUUUGUUUGUUUUUGUUGGGGGUGGGGUUUUUUUUAUUUGUUUGUUUUUGGUUUGGCUUGGUUCUAAGUAUAGCAACAGUUUCUUGAGAUCACCUGCUACAGCUACUGACUGAAGCUG